CCUGAUCAUGAAUGCUAUAGAGCCCACUAUAGAAGCAUGCAGGAGUACCUUUCUUAGCUCAAGCUACCUUUGUUGCUCCAUGAAUAGCUAUAUAAGUUAGUGCCACAGCAAUUAAGUUACAAGUUGCCUUGAACAGACAGCAGAGGAUAUAAACUAACAGUCGACUCUUGCAAACAUUUUCAGCUGUUGUUUUGCCACCCCAGCAAACCUAAGCCCAGCAGGAGCAGAAAAUCAAAAAUAUGAUAGGAGUUUCAAAUCAACUCCUACUGACGUUGAUCACCUUACUCACUUCCACUACAGUUGCUCAGGCCCAAUUCACUGGAUGCUUCAUUGAUUCUGGUUGUGCUACUCUUGUUGUGAGGGGACCUUCUUCCAAUGCUGAGGACUGUUGUGUCAAUAAUAAUGCAGGACUGUAUUACAAUGAUGGUGGUCAAUGCUUCCAGUGCAUAGUGUACGGCUUUGGCUCGGACAACUUCACUAGGCCAGAGGCCCAAACUCCUUAUGACUUUCCAUUUGGAUACUUCAAGGGUCCAUCCAAUGCACAGCUUAGGGUGGCCAUUGACUACAAUGGGGAAGGAACAGCUUCAGAGGAGGAUUUUGGUAUAGGUCAGAGUGUUGUUUCUCUACCUUUCAAUUUUUGCGGAACUUUUGCCUCCAUCACCUUCCAAGCAGACAGAGUGGCAUUGGAACAAGAUGAGACUUUUGUAUUGGAGUUGUCACUGCUUGCAAUUGGUGUAGCAAAUGGUGCAAAGGGAGUUUUUGAAUCAUCUUUGCCAAAUGUUUUCUUUCGGAGUAGGCAGGAGUUUAUUAUACAGGAUAGCACCGCUCUCGUUUUUCGGCUGAGAGAAAGUGACAGAGCUGUUAGUGAGGAUAAUAGAUUCAUCCCCGUUGAGGUGACAACGGCCAAUGAGGUAGAACUGGCCUCCGAUAUCUCACUACUUCUGACACCCAUGAUCGCUCCUGAAGAUUUUAGCCCUCUACCAACUACCAUACCAUUUGCAAGAGCAAACACUGUUGAAGGCAGGAUAGAUUUCCCUACUACACCCAUCACACUGAAUUUUAUGGCUGGCGGGGAGAUUCUUUUGGUUGGAGAUGUACUGAUAUUUGAUGAUCUGAUUAACGAAGCCUUGGAGUACUUUGUGGUUACUUUAACCUUUCAAGAUCCCGAUAAUGUGCCACCAAUAACUUCAAUUGAAAGCAAUGGCGGCGAUAUAAUUCGUAUCGACAUUCUAGACAACGAUGAUAUCUUUAUUGGAUUCGCACUACCAAAUACAACAUAUCCGGAGGAAGAAAGGAAUCACCAAAUUCAAAUUAUCAAAGGAGAAGGCAAUCUCACUGAACAAAAUAUCAGUUUUGUGGUUAAUUUAUUCUCAACUGCUCCACCUGGGCUUGGAAUUCUCUCAUCCAAUGAUUUUUUUUUUCCAUCAUCAACUUUUCUAUCAAUAAUACCAGAUGAGAAUGACGUGUUCGUAGCAUUUGAUAUAUUUGCAGGCGAUCUGCCUGAGGUAACAGAAGCUGCUCAACUCAGACUAAGUCUACCCACUGAUGGAUUGUCCCCAGGGUUUGAGUCCCUUCCCCAAUACCCUAGCUUCUUCAUCAUUAUUGAAGAUAAUGACCGAUUCCGCAUUGGUUUCGAACAAACCUCAUACACAGUUAACGAAGGAAUUGGAAUGCAGGAAGUGUGUGUGAGAAUGUUUGAACCUGCAGAGGAGACUCCAUUAGGAACAUUAUUUGUCGCACUUGGGGUUGAAACUGUACAAGGUUCAGCAGAUGGAAAUGACUAUACAGAAGUGACUGGAGCUCGUGAUGCCUAUUCCUUGCUCUUUAGUAGUGAUACUAGUCGUCGGAGUUGCUUCAUGUUUGAGAUAACAGACGACAAUCGUUACGAAUUUGAAGAGCAAUUUUCUUUGCGAUUUAUUGCCCUUGAAGGCACUAUAGCUGACAACAUUGUACUCAACAUUGUACUCGAUCCGUCUGGUAGUGACAUCACAAUUUUGGACGAUACUGAAGUGACUGUUGGUUUCAUCAACUCACCGUACUCUGCCAGGGAGGAUGAAGAACUAAUCAUAUUCACUGUAGGAGUGACUAGUAACCAUACAUUAAACAGAGAUAUUGAGUUGUCCUUCUUGACUGUGAACGGUCUGAUAGCAGAUUUUGCUGCUAUGGCUGGUCUGGACUACACUUCGAUUAUCAACAUGCCAAUCAUUCUGAGUGCAGGCAUGCAAAGCAUAAAUAUUUCAGUUGAAUUGAUCAAUGAUCCAAUAUUUGAGAAUAAUGAAAUGUUUCAAGGCAUACUAACCAUCAUUAGUGGGGAGAGAGUGUCCCUGAGUCCAGGCACUGCCAACGCUACCAUCAUUGAGGACGAUGAGGUGACUGUUGGUUUCAUCAACCCACUGUACUCUGCCAGGGAAGACGAAGGACCAAUGAUAUUCACUGUAGGAGUGACUAGUGGGCAUACAUUAAACAUAGAUAUUGAGUUGUUCUUCUCAACUGCGGACGGUCUUAUAGCAGAUUUUGCUGCUAUGGCUGGUCUGGACUACACUUCGAUUACCAACAGUCCAAUCAUUCUGAGCGCAGGCAUGCAAACCAUACAAAUUGCCGUUGCUUUGAUCAAUGAUCCAAUAUUUGAGAAUGAUAAAUUGUUUCAAGGCAUACUAACCAUCAUUAGUGGGGAGAGAGUGUCUCUGGGUCUAGACACUGCCAACGCUACCAUCAUCGAGGACGAAGCAGCGCCAUGUCAAGCACUGGCACCCAUUCCAAACGGAGCUAUUACAUAUGGUCCAGAUACGAUUGCUUCUUUUAAUGUGGAUACAGUGGCUACUCAUACCUGUGAUCCUGGUUUCAUUCGGGUGUUCGGAUCUGAGACUCGAGUGUGUUCAGCCGGAAGGAGAUGGUCUGGCCUGAUUCCUGUAUGCCAAGUCUUGGUUGUUAGUCUACCAGUGAGGUUGCCCCUGAACCUUCGACUGACCACAAGGAACAUCAUCGCCCCUACGGAUGGCUUCGAGUACUUGUGUGUUGUGAAUGGAGUUAAUCUGACAGCUCAGUAUGAGAACGAGAGGUCUAUCCUUUGUACAGUGGGCAGUGGGCAACUCGAACCUUCUGCUGGGGUCGGUAGUUCCCCUGCGGUUGUCAUGGUGAUAUGGCCGGGGAAUGAUGUCAACAGCAGCACUGUGCCACUAACUGAAGUGACGCUGUAUGAUUGUCGUAAUUUGGCCAGUCGAUGUUCAGAAUGCAUUGCGGUCGGAAUCGGACUGGAGUUCCCAUGUGGGUGGUGUGGGGGUAGUUGUGAGGUGAUGCAAGAGUGCUCCAAUACUAGUUUCAUUACUGAGGGGAACAAUUGUCCUGCCCCUGUCAUCAACUCAUUCACUCCAAUGUCUGGACCAGUUCAGGGUGGUACAGCAAUCACUGUGAACGGCACUGAUCUCGGAGUAACCUUUGCCGACAUUCAGAACUCCACCCUUACAUUAGGGGGCGUGGCCUGCUCUCCCAUAAUUACUAACUUCAUGCCAGGGCGCCAAUUUGCCUGUAUCACCACCAACUUAGGAACUGAAGGACCCCAAAACUUCUCUCUAAUGAUUGGCUCUAGAGAGGCCAUCGUAAAUGCCGGCUCGUUUACUGCAGUGUAUCCUAGUGUCAAUAGUGUGACUCCGACCUUUGGACCCAUGGCCGGGGGGACCACAGUGGCUGUGAGUGGGACUGGACUGGACGUGGGUAACCAGGAGAGAACUAGAGUCUCUCUAAACGUCAGUGGGUCAAGCUAUGUCUGCAAUAUAUCGUUACAAUCUAUCCAGUCUCACGAGAUUCGUUGCACUACCACAGCAUCAAGCCUCCUCUCUGAUGCAACUGUGGUGGUGAGCAUUGAUGAUGCCAGAAUCAGCAAUCCUGGACUAGUCUUCAGUUAUCUUAAUAACCCCAAUGUGAUUAACGUGUCUCCUAGCAACACGAUUUCCAGCGGAGGCAUCAUGCUAACCUUUACUGGACUGUACUUUGAUGUGGUACAACAGCGUGUGUUGGAGGUCUACCCACCAACUGGAGCUCCUCUGAGGAGUAACUGCAGUCUUGGAGAGGACACUACAUGCAGUGUUGUAAACAUUACCACCAUCAGAUGCUCCACUCCUAACCUGUCGAUGACCUCGCUGACCGCAUUGGACUACGCUCUAUUGUUUGAUGAUGUCCCACCCGGCAACACACAAGCACGCCUUCCCAUCAGCGUCCAAUCAGAUCCCUCCAACUUCAGACUGAAUUCCUCUCAAGAGGUCACCAGCGGCAUAAUGAACCGCCUACGUAUUGUGGGCGACAAUAUCGACUCGGUGGAGACCAGUGAGAUACAUGUGACUGUGGGAGGGGAGGAGUGUGUCCUAACAUCCAGUGAGAGAAGGAGUGACAUCAUCUGUACUGCCCCCUUGGAGCCACCAGGAGGGGAAAACCCAUCCAUCAUAAAUGUGACCGUUGGGAGCAAAAUUGCUCAAGUACUGGAUAAGCGACUGACUUACAAUGUUCCUGUGGCAACGGUAAUUGUGACUCCUGAAGUUCCUCUGCUGGAGAUUGUUAUCCCAUUAAGUGCCAUCAUCGUUUUACUGGCCGUGUGUGUACUGAUAGUUCUUAUCUGCUUGUAUCUAAACUCUCGAAAGAAGUCAUUGUCAAUUGGUAUGCACCAACAAAACAUGGAGCUUGUGGCUACUGGGAUAUAUCAAGAGAUAGUGGAUGGCAAUACUGCACUCGUUGAAUCAGAACUCGAUACGAUUGCUGAGUCCAUCCCAGACUCAUUCAAAAUACCAUCCUCAAUAUUGAAGCUAUCCAGUACUGCAAUUGGACAAGGUGAAUUUGGCAUUGUGUACAAGGGCGUUCUGACAGACUGGAACGAUGUACCUAUGCAGGGGGUGGCCGUGAAGACAUUAAAAGGUCUGUUCUCGUUUUCCGAUGUUCAAAGCAUGGUGUGUGAGGUGAACAAGAUGCAGGACCUCAACCAUCCUCACGUCAUGUCCUUGAUUGGGGUGUGCCUCGAUGCUGGCCCCGGCAUUGCUAUAGUGAUGCCAUACAUGGCAAACGGGAGCCUCUUCGACUACCUUAAGAGAGAGAGGGGAAUCCUUGAGCUGGACGAUGACUGUGAGAUUUAUCAGAUUCUGGCAGUGAGGAAACUGCUAUUAAAGAUGUGCCAUCAAAUUGCACUGGGAAUGGCCUACUUGGCCGAGCAAAAGUUUGUCCAUCGAGACCUUGCAGCCAGAAACUGCAUGCUGGACUUGGGAGGAGGUAUCAGGGUGGGGGACUUUGGUUUGGCUGAGGAUGUCUAUGCUAGCGGCUACUUCAGACAGAACGACCGAGCCAAUGUGAAGCUGCCCUACAAAUGGAUGGCCUUGGAAAGUCUCAACGAUGCCAUCUUCACAGAGAAAACGGAUGUGUGGUCGUAUGGUGUGACUGUGUGGGAGAUCUUCAAUGGAGGACGGACCCCCUACCCUGCCGUAAAUCCACUGUCCCUCAUCCAGCUGCUGGGAGAGGGGCAAAGACUAGAGAGACCUCCCAACACAGCCUGUGCCACCGAGAUUUCUGUUGUGAUGCGUAAGUGUUGGAAGGUGGACCCGGAGGAGAGACCAACCUUCUCACAACUGUCCUCCAUUGUGGAGAGACUACUGACAGGCAUCGCUGGCUAUACUGAGCUCGGUAUGGUGCUAGUGGACACUAGUCAAGAGGAGGAGCAGCUCAGUAUAAGUCAGGAACAUGACUGCGUACCCCCGCCCACUAAAGUUCCUCAUCACCUCCCGUCAGCUGACCCUAUAACAACUGAGAACAGUGCCUACUGCCUCGGGGAGGACAGUCAAGAGAAAGAGGAGCGCUCUGACCCUAUAACAACUGAGAACAGUGCCUACUGCCUCGGGGAGGACAGUCAAGAGAAAGAGGAGCGCUCUGACCCUAUAACAACUGAAAACAGUGCCUACUGCCUCGGGGAGGACAGUCAAGAGAAAGAGGAGCUCUCUGACCCUAUAACAACUGAGAACAGUGCCUACUGCCGAGGGGAGGACAGUCAAGAGAAAGAGGAGCUCUAUGAUGUGCCCAUGCUGACGACAACUGGUGAAGUCCCUCAUCAUUAUGGUGACCUUUCGUCAGUAACUACAUGAGAACAGUGUCGUGGGGAAGAAAUAACUAUAACAGACAAUUAAAUUAAAUGCUUUUACUUGUGCUAAUGCUGUGUUAAAGGUCGAAUGGGCUGUAGUUUAUGAAUACAGUGGAACCACUAAUUAUGGCAUUGCACAAUCACAUGACACAGAAACUCGUAGAGAAUUAAAAGGCAUUAUUGAGUCUCAUUCGUUUGUUAUUGCAGGUGAUUUUAAUGUUAUUAUUAUACGUUUGUCUGUUUUUUGCAAUAGUCUUUUGUCCUUCAUGAUCAUGUCUGACUUUAUAAUUUCUGUUCUUCUGUGAACCUUUUUAUAGAGAAUUUGUAAAUUU